GGGGGACUCGUAACUCGUAAAGUGUCGCGUAUCGCCGCGCGCGUACGCGGGCUGUAUACGCCGCGUAUACGUUCUCCGCGUUUCAGUUCGAGCUGCACUGCCGCACGGCGCGGGCACGUUUCUGUAUGACGCACGCGUCGCGACGCGCAACAGUAACUACUAGUAGUGUGUAUGCGCGCGCGUUAUUAGACUCGCCUCCGGCAAUAAUCGGCCGCGUUUGAAGAGUGAAGAAGUGCGUUUCUUGGACUGCUUCUCGGACUCUGAAAGAGCAGGAAGAAGGGAACCGCUGCGACGAGAUCCACCACGGGAUCUUCGCUCUUACACGAAGUUCCCCUGGUGUUCCUCGUGGCGGACACUCUCGGAGUCGCGGCGGCAUACGCGGAGUCGAAGUGAAAUCGAGUCGAGUUUCGCUGGCGAAGCGAUAGAAGGUGACGGUGCACGUGGACGGGAGCGCGUGUCAGGGUCGCCAAGACCGAGAAAGGGGCAGCACACACGCACAGGGAAGAAAGAAUCGAUCGUCAUCAAAUUGAACUGAAAAUUCUUCAAACUGGGCGACGGAAAAGGAAAACAUAGACGGGUAAGAAUGGCGGACGAGGCGCAGCAAAGUCAACAGCCGACUACCAAGAGGCACAAGGUUCUAAGUCAUCUACCCAUCGCCAUCAAAGUGCUCGAAGUGAUACUGGCUAUUUUUGCCAUCGGCCUGGCGGUGGAUCCGAUGAACUCGUUCCAGCGCGUUUUCAACAGGCCGCGAUUCAAGCUGGACGACUCGGCCACUAUCUACGUCUCGGUCGCCGGCUAUCUUCUCAUUAACGCGCUCUUCAUUAUCAGCCACAUGCUGGGCGAUCGUAUACCGAAAAGAACGUUGCUGAUGUUCGCGUCUGUGGGCGCGUUUAUGCACGUGGUGGCCGGAAGCUUGAUGGUCCAUAAUUGGCGCCAGAUGAACGGUCCUUACUAUUACGUGCACAACAAUGAGAUCCAUCCCAGCAAGCAGUACAUGGACAUGCUUAUAUCAGCGGCCGUGUUUACAUUCGUGGCCGCCGCGGCAUUUGUCGCGGAAAUUAUCGCUAUUAUAAGAUACGCGUGAAUACGCGCGUCUCUCGCGUAAGAAGAUCCGUUGAUUCAAGCGAGUUGAAGGAUUCGCGAGUAUCACCAAAGCUAUGUGGAUAGUCCGUUUAAGAAAAAAAAGGCAGAAGAAAAAUAUGUAAGAUCUUAAUCGUUUAACGUUUAUUAUGAGCAGUUUCACCGAGCUUUCCGAAAUCAGCGGCUAUUAAUUUGAUAUGCUACGAUAUUUCGUGAAUCGAAAGAGUUUUGAAAAAUUGUGUUUUUUAAGGCUCCUGACUUACACUCACAAGCCAAGACUCCAUGUUGACGGUGGCGACACUAUAUCGCGGUAGAAAUUACAACUUUGUUCGGCCCGUUUUACAUAUGCCAUAUGUCAUAAGUCGUAAGCCAUAAAAAUUCUACAAUAUGUCGUAUGCCGGUAAGUAGUAAGAAUUGAUCAAUUAUAAUCGAAUGUGAAGAAAAUAUGCCCGACUAUGCUUGAUCAAUGCAGCUUACGAAACCGGCAUAAAACAUAUUGUAGAGCGGACUGUACUGUAAAAAAGUUGACGACGAAACUUUGUCUUGCAUGCCAUUUUGUUAUUAUAUGGUUAAUUGUGAAAA